AUGACCGCCGUUCGCUUCGAUUUGAAGACAAACUUUGAACAUCUACGAAAAUGCUUUGAAACUUCACUGGACCAUUACAAUAAUUCAACGAGGAAUUUUAGCGAGAAGUUUAGGAAAGCCCGCAUUCGGACUAAAUUAUCAUACCGCAAACUGGAUUCGCGUAGAGAUUACUUACUGGGGAAUUUUGUCUGCAAUAAUGAACUUUUCCUGCUGAUUCAAGUCCAUUCUAGUCCAGAAAAUUUUAAGAGUCGACAAGCUAUUAGGUUGACGUGGGGUAACAUGGAACAUUUUAUUGGCGGCCAUUAUCGGGAUACUAAUCGUAACGAUACCUUGAGGUCCUGGAAAACAGUAUUUCUCAUUGGCCAGAGCUCUGACCCCACAUUGAACUACCUCGUUCUCCAAGAAGCUAACGUUUACAAAGAUAUUAUGAUAGGAUCUUUUCAAGAUACAUAUCGCAACCUUAAUUUGAAGAUGAUCUUUAGCUUAAAGUGGCCGCUGGAACAAAAGUGUCCUGUUUCUUAUAUUCUUAAGACAGACGAAGAUUGUUACGUGAACGUUUGGAAUCUUUUUCAUUGGCUGAGGAGCUAUCAUGAAGCUAACGGGUCACGCCCUCUUUACGCUGGCCGAGUUCAAACAGAAAUGCCGGUCGUACGAGAUACCGAAAGUCGCUACUACGUCUCAGUGGAAGAUCAUCCCGUUGACUUUUAUAAACCGUAUAUUUCUGGAGGAGGAUACAUCAUAAGUGCAAGUUUACUUCCGGCACUUGUCAAAGUUUCACGAACAUCACCGAUUUUUGCAAAUGAAGAUGCACUGCUCGGUUCGUUGAUGUACCGCAUCGGAGCACAGUGGACCGACAACCAAAAAUUUUUACCCCUUAUAUUUUGUUCCCAAAUGGAUAAGUAUCGUUUUCGCGACAUGCACAUGUGCAGUUUGUCGAGACAGAUUAUUUUGCACGGCAUAAGAGGAUGGCAGCAACUAGAAAUGCAUUUUAAUAGUGCCUUGUAUAAUCAAUUCCCAUCGCUGUGGUCCUCGGGUAUAAACUACGAAGACAUGCGGGAUGCGUGCGAAUGA